ACAACCACGGGAGGCAUGUCAGUUACUUUCUCGAGGUCAAAGUUGAGCGACAUUCUUCUUCAAAGGUCAGGUUUAGCAGCCUAUGUACAUAGCUGCCCUGUUGUUGAUUACCACUCAUCGAACAACAUGUCGUCCGGUCGAGCUCUAGUUGUGGCCACUCUGGUCCUCCUGGUGGCCAUGGUCUGUCUAGGACUAGGACUAGGGAUCGGGAUCUACAACAUGCUUCAGGACAUUGAUAGGGAAUGUGCACCCACAGAGGCUCCCGCUCGAGACACACCCCAGCCGACACGUGCGCCAACUCAAGCCCCAUCUUCCACGACGGCCACGCCCAUCUUGUCCAUUGACGGCACCUACAGAUAUGGGUCGGUCGCGGCCGACGCAGGGCAAUGUUCUACCAUAGGAACUGACAUUAUGGCACGUGGUGGGACUGCUGUAGACACCGGUAUUGCUGCCAUGUUGUGCGCAUGCGUACACAACUUGCACAACUGUGGAAUAGGAGGGGGACAUUUCAUGACUGUGUACGACAGGAGUGAAAGAAAAUCGUAUGCAAUAAUGGCUCGGGAGAUGGCCCCUGGAGCUGCCAACUCCACCAUGUUUGUGGGAAUAUCAUCACAAGAAGGUGGACUUAGUGUGGCUAUUCCUGGAGAAAUCAAAGGAUUCUGGGAAGCAUGGAAAUUGGCGGGAAAUUUACCUUGGGCAGAACUUUUUCAGCCAACGAUUGAUAUUUGCAGAAAUGGUUUCGUUAUUGGGACCAGCCUGGCGUACCAUAUCACAGCUCAACAGAAAUACUACGAAGCACAUCCUAACCUCAGAGCGUUGGUGACAAAUCCUCAGACAGGAGAGCUCCUGAAGGAAGGGGAGGUAAUGUAUCUGCCCAAACUUGCUAACACACUGGAAGCCAUCGCAAAUGAGGGACCAGACGCGUUCUACAAUGGUAGUCUCACGGAAGAUAUAGCAAAGGACAUUCAAGAAGCAGGUGGUAUUAUAACGGAAGAGGACCUCCGAAUGUACACAGCCGCAGUCAAGGAUCCACUCGAAAUCACCAUACACGAUAGAUAUACAGUUCACUCCCCACCGCCGCCGUCUAGUGGCGCUGUGUAUGAAUUCAUUCUUGGUAUUCUAGAUGGCUACAACUUUGAUGACGACAGUCUUUCCUCUCGCGAAAAGAAGGUUCUAACCUGGCACAGAAUCGUGGAGGCGUUCAAGUUCGCGUACGGUAAAAGGACGCGUAUUGGUGAUUCCGACGUGGAGGAUGCCACGUUCAAAAUGGAGCUCGAAGAGCUGAUCCAGAACUUGACAUCCGCUGCCUAUAGUGAAAGUAUCCGCCAGCAGAUAACGGAUGAUCAGACACACGACACUGCUUUCUACGGCCCAACCUUCUACAUGAACAACGACGCGGGUACCUCACAUCUGUCUGUGUUAACUCCUAAUGGGGACGCCGUGUCCAUCACCAGUACAAUCAAUAUAUAUUUUGGUUCAAAAGAAGUUGGCAGCAGAACUGGUAUCGUAUUCAACGACGAGAUGGACGAUUUUUCCACACCAAACACUGUAAAUUAUUUUGGGGUACCUUCUUCUCCAGCAAACUUCAUAAAACCUUACAAGCGCCCCCUGUCCUCCAUGUGCCCCAGUAUCGUCACAGACAGUAAUGGUGACGUCAAACUCGUCAUCGGCGCCGCAGGGGGUACAAAAAUCACGACUUCGACAGCUCUGACGACGAUGGAGACGCUAUGGUUCGGAAUGUCCAUGAAAGAGGCCAUAGAUCACCGGCGACUGCAUCACCAGCUUUUACCAAAAGAAAUCGCCGUGGAAAAUGGCUUCGACGAGGAUGUACUGGCCGGUCUCCGUCAGAAGGGACACAACAUGACCAUGAGGGAUUCCGCCGGAUGUAUAGUACAAGGUGUAUUAAAGAACUCGUACAAGAAUAUAUCCGGAUGCAGUGAUUACCGAAAAAACGCUUACCCAGAUGGCUUUUAAAAACCGAGCCGAAACUAUCCGAAGCAAAGCUAAGAACAAAGAAAAAAAAUAGAUAAAUUAAUAACAAAAUAAGCAUAAUAUUCAUAACUAAAUAAAGUUAAUUAUCUUAACGACAUGAUAUAUUUUGAACUUUUGGAAUAUGAAAAUCGUCAGUUCAGAUAACAAUUUAAUUUUACCAUUGCUGUCACCAAUUGUUACGGUUUAAGCUGAAUCUAACUUGAAGCAUUAUAACAUGACAAUGUAGAAUAUCACAAUGUUUAUGUUUAGUCUUUUAUAAUCAAUAAUCCAUCUAAAGGUUUAUACACUAACUCUGGGAUUUGCAUACGCAUUUACUUAUAAUCAGACACUAAAUGGUUCUAUUUUUUGACACAUUGUUUAUUUUUUACGUCUAUUUCUUUCAUCUUGUCUCGUGUAUGUAGUUGAUUAUGAUUGAUACGUAUACAUUGUGUCUCUGCAUUGUGUCGAAGUAUACAAUUAAUUGAUAUUAACAUUAUGAUCAUAGUUUCUUUUCAUCAAGUUCCUUCCUCUGUGGUGUGAUAUUACAUCUGUAUCAAUUGAGCAAACACGUUUAGAAUGUUGUACAUUGAUUCGGUUGUAACAUAAUAAUCAAAAUAUGAUCAAAUGGAUAUUCACAGUUUCUUUCCCAUUAAAUAGUACAAACCACUUACAGAAAGCAAACUUGAAGCUGUAAUGAUGAAAUUAUCGUUCGGUAGAAAAUAUGCGCUUGAAAAUAAUUGAAAUAUUGAUAUAUAAAAGAGUAAUAUCCAACAAUGCCGAUGAGGUCACAUUGUUAUUAUGGCAUUAUAUUUUUUAAUAGUCCAUUAGUUAUAUAUUAAUUGUCUUAUUCAUUUCCCAAAUAUAAAUUGGCUAUAUUUAUCAAGAUUAUAUCUUCCUCAGUUCUAUUUUGAAUACUUGGCAUUAUCAGGAUUUGACCUCAAUAAAUAUAAUUGGGAUGGCAUUAAAACAUAUGAAAAUAUAAAAAUAUGUUAUCUAUAAAGAUGAAAAUAUAAAAAUAUGUUAUCUAUAAACAGUGUAUCAUCCUCGGUUCUCUUUUUAAGUACCUUGCAUUAUCAGGAUUUGACCUCGGUUAUUAUAGAUGGGACGACAUUAAAUCAAAAGACGCUUCCCUUUUGAAACACCUUGUCUUUUGAAAGCUUCGUAGCUGUACUUUGUCAAAAAUCUCCGUCCAAACCAUUGUUUUCUUCAUCUUCGUUAUAUUGAUCUAGGGUAAAAAGUAGGUGAUCCUUUUUACGUAUUCGGGUGUUCAGUCUUUGUUUAGAAAGGUCACUGAUUGUUGACAGAAGAUGUGAUGAGUCGUUUUAGUUUUAGUAGUUGAAAAUAUUGACGAAUAGUUUACUUUCAGCGCAAUAGAAUAUAUGGCUGGCUUUAAAAAUGUUUUAUUGUUUAAUUCAGUUGAACAUGUUCAGAAUGUUGUCACAUCUACUGUUGAAACGUAAGAAGUGUUUAUGCAGUCUUUGUGAAUGUCAGACAGAGUCAGAUUUGUGUUUGCCAGAAUGACGUCACAUGUUGUACUGUAAAUCACACAGAUGUUGAUAAAACUUGGAAACAAACCGAUCUCCUUGAAUAUUUUGCGAAAAAAAUAUACUUCACGAGAUAUCGUUCUUGUGAAAAAGUAAUUUUAAGUACUCAAGUACUUACACUAAUUCCCGAAGAUUGAGUGAUUUACAGUAAUGGUGAUAGGAGAUGAUUAACAAUGGCCUGGUGUAAAUGUAAGGGUUAAGUAUGAUCUAGAUUAACACAGAAAUAACACAGAUAUAUUGUAACUACGUGUAUGUUUAUUAACUCGGUUUUAGUGUACAUGUUAGAACUAUUAUCUUGGUUUAAUUUGAGAAUUUAACACAUAUUAGAUUAGCCGUUAAUGUAUGAAAGGAAAAUAAAGAUUCUUAAAAUGAAACCUU